AUAAAAUCCAUUUCUACAAAGUGGCAAUAGUGCUUUCAUGUUCAUCACAUGACAGUCUACGGGUGUGAACAUCCAAAUUUUGUUUGUAGUAUUUUAGAAAAAUUAAAUAAGUGUUAAUUAGUUUAAAUUUUACACAAUUAGAGACCACUGGAGUUGUAGGAAUAUUUCAUUUCAAGUUUAUUGAAGUAAUUACUCAAAAGAGUUCACAAUGAGGUAUAUAUUAGGUUACACGUUUGCUGGGACAGCGACCGCAGUAAUUUCCGUUUUAGUUUUGUAUCACACUUUUACUGGAAAGGGAGAAAGAGCCAGUAUUGCCUGGUUCUUGGAGAACACGUCGCCAUAUAUGUGGGCAACCUUGGGUAUCAGUUUAUCUGUUGCUCUCUCAGUAGUCGGCGCAGCUCUCGGGAUUCAUACAACCGGAGUAUCGAUCGUCGGCGGUGGUGUAAAAGCGCCGAGAAUCAAGACUAAAAAUUUGAUUUCAAUUAUUUUCUGCGAAGCAGUCGCUAUUUACGGUCUCAUUACCGCGAUUGUCUUGUCGGGAAUAAUCGCGGAGUUCCCGUGGAAUGAAACGAUGAUGAGACCGGAGUUGAAGGAGAAAAAUUGGGUCGCAGGGUACGUGAUAUUCGGAGCUGGUCUGGCUGUAGGGUUCGUCAACCUCUUCUGUGGAAUAGCUGUCGGGAUUGUUGGAUCCGGAGCUGCUCUUGCUGACGCAGCAAACUCCGCACUUUUUGUCAAAGUUCUUAUUGUUGAGAUCUUUGGUUCUGCUAUUGGUCUCUUCGGGUUGAUUGUCGGCAUUUAUAUGACCUCAAAAGCAAAAAUGGGCGAUAAAGCAGUUUAAUUUAAUAAAAAUCGAGCUCGAACUCGAUUGUAUAAAAAAAUUAGAUUUAACUUCCUACGUUUAAUGUUGAAAACCAGAAUGAACGUGUUAUGAUUGGAAGGGCCGGUGUAAUGCACUUUUUAUUUGGCCCUUUCAUUGGAUAUUGUCUCAUUGGUUAGAUUUUAUGUAAAUGAGUUUAAAGAAAAAAAUUAUUGAGACCUAAUACUAAUUCUAAUAAUGAUAAUAAUAAUAUAUGAUUAACGUUAGUCAACAAUUAACAGCAUAAUUGAUGUAUAUAAACUUACAGUCUACCUUUUCAAGUAAUAACUGCUGUAAAAAAUUUAGUUUUUUUUUUGUUUAAAGAUCUUCCUUUCAAAUUAAAUAAAUUCAUUUAAAUACUUAUAGAUUUUAAUAAAAUACAUGUAAUUGCACAAUAAUAAAUUUAGUUUACAAAUUCAUGAGUUAUUACAACAUCGUAAUACAUAAAUUGUAACAAUAGUAAAGAUUCGAUAAUAAUUACGGUUAUAAUUAUAAAAAGUAUUAAAAAUAUAUAUAUAUAUAUUUAAAUGUAUGUAUGUAUGCAAAUGCUAUUGAAAGCACUGAUAAAUAGUUAUAAACAAAA